AGGCGAAGAAGAAGAAGAACGGGGUUUCCACCAUUUCUCUCUCCCUCUGUCUCUACGCCACAAGGGAAAUGGUGGGCGCGGUAGCGCCAUGGAUCUCCAAUACCCUCUCGGCCUCGUCUCUUCCCCCUUCUUCUUCUUCUUCUUCUUCAUAUUCUUCUUCUUCUUUCGUGUCGAAUUCGAGGAAUUCGAUCGCUUUGUUCCCCGAUCUUCCUCCAGCGAGUAGAAUCUUCGUCCGGAAUAUUUCAUAUUUUACGGGUGAAGCUACUCUCAUCAAACUAUUCUCGAGGUUUGGCCGGAUUGUGGAGGUUAAACUCGCUAAACAUGAAGAUUCGAAGAGGUCGAAGGGUUAUGCUUUCAUUCAAUACGCGUCUCAAGAUGAUGCCAUUUCAGCAAUGGAGCAAAUGGAUCAAAAGAGAAUUGAUGGUAGGACGAUCUAUGCUGAGAUUGCGAAGCCAGUGAACAAUGGAUUUGCUGAUUACCCAAUUACCUCGGGCCCACCCUCAGGGCGAAAUCAGCAACCCAAUUGUUUUAAGGAUCAUUCAUAUGAGGAAGAUGCUGCUUACGCUAGUUGAAUGAAGAUAUAUAAAUCGCUUCAUAUUUGUGCUUGAUCUGGAUCUAAGUUCUGCAAUAGAAGCGCAACAGCAACUGCAAUGGAGGAUUCAACUGCAGUUCAAACUGAAACUGGGGGCCUUAAAAGUUCAUUUCAAAGAAAGCAAGGAGAAAAAAAUCGAAGUUACUCCGCCUCUAACAAAACCUGCUCUGUGCACAUAAAUGCCCGCAUUGAGGCCUGCGUUUCUUCAAUUUUGCUUGGACGAAGAAAUUAUUUGUAAAAAUGUGUUCCAACAGAUUUUAUUUGUCAACCACUUUGUUCUCUUCCUUUUGUGAGAAUGCGAUGCUCGAAUAAUAUAAUGUUGCUUCUAAGUAGUUACUUAAAACAUUAUUGAAUCACUGUUUUGACCGAAGUCAAUUGCAUUGGA